GACGGCAGGGAAUAGAAAAUUGGAAUUCUAAAAGUCAGUCUUCACAUGAUUUCUACGACAAAACCCAACAUUCAUGCCAACUUUUUAGCAGACUAUAAGGAAACCGCAAGAAACAAAGACAUGGGCGACGACGAUCCAACGAAGAACAACAAAACAAUGCUCUCUUUGUCGAAGUGCUUCAAUGGCUGCGGCGGCGGCGGCCUGCGGGCGCCGAUCACCGGCGGCCAGGGAACAAGGAUCUGGAACCUCAGCGACAAGCCGAUCGAGCUGCAAGUGCGAGUGGGAUCAAUCUUGAAGAAAGCCCACACCUUGAAGCCGGGAUCUUCGAAGCGAUUCAAGAGCAAGAACAUAUACAAGAAUUACAUGCCCGGAAAAGGGAAGAAUAACGCAGGGAUGAAGACUCUGCUUUAUUACUACGAUGAAACCUGCCACCCUUAUAUUUGGAUUCACGAUUCCGGCUGCGAUUUCUCCAGGAUGGUGAAGCAGCAGUACAUCAGUCUUGAGGAUCUGAGGGACUGUUCGGAGAUCAGAAUCUUCAGGGAUCACCAGAGAGGCUGCAUUGCGGUUCGCAAGAAACCCAGAGGGGACUUGUGUUGAAUCAUCUUCUCAGUUCGUUCUUGAGUGGCAGAUUGUGGACGAGUGAUUGUGGGGUUCUAAGUGUAUGAUAUUUGGUAAGUGGGAUGUCAAGAUUUAAUCUUUUCUUGUUUUUCCUUGGAUUUAGGAUGGGUAUAGAGUAGGGUUUGAUGUUCUCUGCAUUUUCCUGUCUGUGAGAGUUUUUGGUUCAUGGGAUUGUUGUGUAAUGGCUGCAGAAUGUUUCUGAA